GCGUCGGCAAGGUGCAUCCUUCGCACGGCUGCCUUUACAUCCCCUUCGGCGGCCAGGAGGUGCGUAUCAACACCUACGAGGUCCUACCAGCAGCGGGACGUUUGGGUUUCGGCCUCGCCCGCCUACACUCCGCCUGGAGCUGUUGUCGCUGGCCAUGACUCUGACCGGACUCCCAUUUACGCCGGACGGGCCAUGCACGAGGGCGAGAUGCUCCCAGCCAAGGUGAUUCCGAGCAAGGGAUGCGCCUACGUCUGCUACGGAGGCUACGAGUUACAGAAGCCUACAUACGAGGUGCUCACCGGCUACGGAUACGUCUGGAUUCAUGUCCAACAUCACGGCAUUCCACCCAAUGCCGUUUCCACAGGUCGCGCCCGCAAUGGAGAUCCCAUCUACUUUGGCCGCGGUCACUAUCAGGGCAGCCUGACUCCGGGUCUGAUCUCGUCGCGCCAGCGCUGUCUCUACAUUCCGUACGGUGGCCGGGAGAUCCUUCGACUCGUACGAAGUGCUCUGCAGGCGGUGAAUGCGAAUCCCCGAACCUUUAAGUCUCGAACUACAUUUAGAAUUGAACAAAGUUUAAACCCUGUAACCCUGUAACCCUGUGUUCCUUAUCCAAUAAAAUCCCAUCUUUGCUAACCUAAAGAAACCCUGGUUACCCUUUUCCUUACCCUUAUCCUUGUCCCUUGAGGCGUCUCCUUUACCAACCCGUACUAACCCCGCCUUACUCUCCUCCGUUUCAGCCUGCAAAUGGGUGCAGUCCUCGGCCUACUCCUCCAUCCCUGAGGACGCUGUGGUGGGCGGCAACGGC